AUGGCCUUCACAUCCCAGUACCGAAUGCCCGGUACCUACUUUGACGCACAACCCGCCGGAGUUCACCCUGGCGUCUUCCGACCACCCACUUCCCCCUCCGCCGGUUCUUCCUACUGUUUCGCCAGAGCAAAUAGCUACCACGCCGAAGCAAAUACACCUUCAGCUCAGGCAAAAAGGAAACGGCGCAACAAUGCCUCCCGCGAAGCUACUCCGUUGAAUGAAUGGAACGAUGGCAACAUGAAUCUAGACAGCUCGAGCGAACUCCCUAAACACGAGACACCUUUACCGAUCCGAGAAGCCCGAUACACGCUGGCUGGCCAGCUCGAGACACCUGGUGCCGGCGUCAACACGCCUUACGACAACGGUAACUUGGAUGAGAGCAUGUACUCAGACGGCGAUUACCGAAGAGCCUUGGGAUCAAAACGACCACACGAAGAGAUGGAAUCGCCUAUUCCAGGCCAGCCGACUGUACUGGUCCAGCCUAGCCAUCCAGUCACCGGCGGCUGGAGUCGCUUUGCGUUCAACACUAUUGGUGGGGUCGUAGGCAAAGUCUGGGAAUUCUGCAAGGCUGGGGCCUUCAUUGGCUUCUCUGCUGGGGGUGGCAAGGCUUAUACCAUUGAUGGCCAGAGCAUCCGUCCCUCUUCAGCUGCUACAUCAGCUUUGUCUGCGCCCCAGCUAGAACCAUCCGAGAAGUUCAACGAAAAAUACGAAUGGAGACAACAGCAAAGUCCCCAAAACUUGGAUACCCCCGUUGGAGAUACCACGCCGCCCGGAGGUUUCCCUCAGCCCCUCUUCACAUCGUAUGCCCGGGAGCCAGACCAAGCCCUGAACCCCGAACCCGAGGUUAGGGUCGAGGUCGAGGCCACACCUUCGCGACCCGCCGUAAAACGCCGACAGACGAGUGCUGGGAAUCAUGAUGAGUUGCGAAACUGGGUUGUGGUGGACGAGUCAGCGCCAGGCAAUAGGCCAGUUUCGAGGGCAUCGAUGCGACCAGCAUCCCGCAACAUGCGCCCUUCCCUAGUCACAGGCCGAAGGAUUAGUGUUCCCAAGCCUCGUCUCAGCUCGAUCCCGAUCCACAACCGCCGCCAAUCUACGGCUAGCCACGAAUACAAUGCUCCGGACACCGCACCACUGUCAUAUCAGGAACCAGCAAGCUUCGCUAGUGUGAGGUCUCCGGAGCCGCCGAGGACCUUGACCGGGCCCUCGCCGAGCCGAAUCCCACUUCCAAUGCAGUCUGCCGGCUCGAGCCCGAACCCGUUCGCGAAGACGACCGUCUCGGCCCGGCGUCAGAGUGCCAUUCCGUCACCGGCACAAUCUUUAAUGAGCCCACCUAUACGCUCGCAUCGCCGCUCCAAUAGCAGUGCCUCAGCAGCAUCACCUCGCGGUAAACUCAAGGAAUUCGGGGUGGACUCCAUCCGCGCGAGCCCUCGGCUCGACGUGGAAGCCAAGAAGUUGGCAGCCAGACGAAUCAAAGAUGAACAUGACACCGAUGCGAGGAUUAAUGAUUUCAACCAGAGGCUCAAGGAGAUGAUUCGCCAAGGCAGGGAGGCUCUUGGCACCAAGGUCGAGGUGGAUGACGAUGGAUGCGGCUGGGAGGAUGACUGA